GCGUUAUAUAGAUUUGAUGUUCAUAAAACUGUUACUAUAGCUGUUAUUACUUCUAUUGUAUGAUAGCGCGGUGGUGACGUUUUGGUUUUAUAGGUGUAUGUUCGGUUUUCCCUUCUGCUUGUGCCAAGGCUCAAUUCACAUAACAUAGCAUUACAGGUGUUUGCGGUUGGGCUACUGGUAUAGAAAACUUACCAUGUGAACUUCAAAGGAAUUUCCAGCUUAUGAGUGACCUAGAUCAGAGGACAGAAGAUAAAAAGAAAGAGAUUGAUGGAUUGGCCAGUGAGUACAUUGCCAAGGUGCGGGACAUGAGCCCUGAACAGAGAGUACAGCAUCUACAGCUCAUCCAGAAUGCUUACAGCAAGUGCAAGGAGUACAGUGACGACAAAGUGCAGUUAGCCAUGCAGACCUAUGAAAUGGUGGAUAAGCACAUCAGACGUCUGGACGCUGAUUUGGCACGAUUUGAAGCUGACCUCAAGGAAAAGCUAGAAGGCGCAGAGUUUGACAGCCCAUCAGGACGUAGUAUUAAAAAGAAUCGUGGUCAGAAGGACAAGCGCGGGUCUCGAGGCCGCCGAGUAUCCGAAGAAGAUACUGUAAAGAAAAAGAAAUUAAAAGGAGGGCCGAUAUUUUCAGAUGCAGUCCUAUCUGUGCAUCCUUCAGACGUCUUGGAUAUGCCGGUAGAUCCUAAUGAACCUACAUACUGCCUGUGUCACCAGGUGUCCUAUGGGGAAAUGAUUGGCUGCGAUAACCCAGAUUGUCCAAUUGAAUGGUUCCAUUUUGCCUGUGUAGAUCUCACCACUAAGCCAAAAGGAAAGUGGUUUUGUCCACGCUGCACUCAGGAGCGGAAGAAAUGAUCACAACACUCCAACUUUUAUCAGAUUCGUCCUUAUUACUUCCACAUAAAUACUUUUGUUCUUUGCGUCGUCCCUACCCUUUUUGUUGCUACUAGAUGGCUUCCUAAAGAUCAAUUAUGGUAGCAGCAGAUUGUCUUACCAAAUCUACAGCUUUCUUCCUAGGAAGAUUAAUGUUGCACUUUUGGAUUGGUACUGCUAAAAUGUUGUUUCUUGGCUGUUUCACAGUGUAAUCUUUGUUCAUGAUUUUAGGUUAAUGAAAGGAAGUGCACAGUAGAGGGAGCACGUCUUACGUCAUGCUUUGUGGCUGACCAUACCAUGAAGUGUAUGGUUAAUGACCUGUUCCGUUAUGUAAACUGUUAGCGCUGUUUAGGCUUUUGUUCCACUUGGCAGUUUUUUAUGGAAAUCUACCACUGCAGUUUUUGAGCCAAAACCAGAACUGUAUCCAACAAGAAGGGAAAUGUAUGUCUUUUUUCAAACAUCAUAUUCCUUUUUAAUACACUUCUAGCAUUGGCUUAAACUGCAGUAACAGUAUUCCAAGAAAAUUGGCAAGUGAUAACACAGCCUAACACCUGUAAAUCCAUGUGAUGCUCUGUUAGACACAAUGGGGCAGGUCAAUCUAAACUUUGUUGCCCACAUUCAGAUCUCGGCUCAUUUUACCAGAACAGAUUUCGAAAUUGAAGCGGUCUUGAUUAAAUGGGCAAAAAUAAUUUUUACUUUGGACAUUUGAUUAAGUCCCAUCACUGCAUAGCUGAGGCUAUAUACACUCACACACAGUAAGAUUCUGGUAUGGUAUUUUGUUAGACCUUACAGAAGAUGUUUACAAAUGGUAGCAUACAUUCUUUCUGCCUCCCCCCCCCCCCCCCCCCCCUUAAAAUUUGGCUGUAACAUAUGCCUUAUGAAUUUAUAUGUCUGAGUAUACCUGGCAGAAAAUAUUGUUAUACCACAUGUAAUUCACAUGCAGGUUUGCUGUGUUGUGUGAACGUGCCAAAGUACACUUGGGGCCAGAUUACAUUAAGGGGAUUUCAUUAAUGGUCUAUACUGAGGAUAGGACACCAAUAUGAGGUUGUUUGGGUUCUGACACUUGGCACCCCCACAAUCAGCUGUUGGCCAGAGCUGUAGCACCAAUGAAUAGAGCCGGAAGCAGACAGCCCUGUGCGUUUUGUUGUGCUGGGUUACUACAGCUUGGAUCCCAUAAACUUCAAAGGUAGCUGAGCUACAGUAACCUUGUGUGUCCCUCACAAUGUAUGGAGCUUCUGGUUUAUUGGUGGGAGUGUUGGGUGUCUGACCUCCACCCCUCAUAUUAAUGGCCUAUCCUGAGGAUAGCAGUCAUUUGAAAAGUCCUGGGAAAACCCCUUUUUACACAUUUAUAGUUUGUAAUCCUAAACUUUAGCCUGGCUUUAUGGAGCUAUAAUAGUGCUGAAAUCCAGUACUGCCUUUGCUACAGUGAGAUAGAUAAAAAUGACUGGAGAUUCCAAACCCCAUAUGGGUCUAAAUUCAGUUAAAUGGGAUGUUCAGGUAUUGCAGAUGGUAUACUAGUCCUAUAAUGCAGUGGUGUGAAAGCAGCUUUGGAUUUAUACUUGCACUAAACAGAUGCUGUUUUCAUACUGUAUGUCAGUGUGGUGUAGUUAUCAACCACACAGUAUACCUGUAUAAUCCCAGCCUAAUAUAGUAAAUGGAUUGACUGAGCACGAUUUGGAUACCAGUAAUACCAGAAUUUUACUUUAUGUAUAUAAAUAUACAUAUUAGUAAUAGAGAGCAUAUCCAAUGUUAACUUUGUACAUGUUGACAUAUCAAUAUUUGAUCUUCAUUCAAACCUUAUAUAAAGGUUAAGGUUACAAAACAGUAACUGUUUUGGCACAAAAAAUCAGAUAUGCUUAUCUUGUGUAAUAGCAUCUGAUAUUUCUCUCUCCAGCAGCUGUCAGGGCUGGACUGGUGCCCAUAAUACAGAUGCAAAAUGCAUUUGUAUUGUAAUGUAAAACAGACCUAAGUGUGAGCUUACAUAUUGCGGUCAAAUUACCCUCCCCUUGCUGGAUAGAGUUCAUGGCUUUGGCUCUUAAAGCUGCAGUCUUUUUUUUUAUAUUUUUUUUAUGUUCUCCUCUCUAUCUCUAUAUAUAAUUUUUGAAUGAAGGUCAUUAUAUUUGCCUAGCCCCACGGCCUACAUUAAUGUCUGUCCCCUCUUCCUGCUUCCAUGAUGUGUUCUUGGAGCCCGGCCUGCUGGCCCAACCAGUGACUGGACCCUGCUAUGGCCAGUGAUUGACUGAUCCAGCAGGUCCUACUUAAAGUGCUUGUCUCAGAGGCAGGAAAAAAGGGACCAGACAAAGGCAAAUGGAAGCUGUAGGGAACUGGGGCUAUGUAGGUGUGAUUACAGUUACAAGCACAUAUUAGGGUAGAUUUAUUAAAGGUUUAUUUAAAGAUCAAAAGUAAGUCUCCAUCUACAGUAUGGGGAUAACUAGAUGAUUUGGGGGGGUCUGACCACCACCCGCACCCAACACUGAUCCCAAGUACGAAGGUCAAUGUCCCCUGAAUGAAGUGGCAGGUGAAUAUUGUGGCGUGCUGAACACUCCCCAUAGACCAGUGUUUCCCAACCAGGGUGCCUCCAGCUGUCCGGGCAUGCUGGGAAUUGUAGCUUUGCAACAGUUGGAGGUACCCUGGUUGGGAAACGUUGCUAUGGACAGUGAAUGGAGUGGUGGACAGUGCUGUUGCUCUGUACACUCUGGAGACAUUUGACCACUGUUUGUCUUUAUUGGUGGAGUUCACAGCAGUUAGGCCCCCGAUAAUUACCUGUAGAUGGGUGAUAUUUUAUUCUUGCGAUAACCCUUUAACUCUGCCCACUUAACUCUUAAUUGUAUUAAGAGGGAAACAAAAAAAAGUUGACAUGUAUCAAAAUGUGCAACUCUUUAACAACCCAAAUCUGACAGAUCGUUUAAUAAAUUUCCCCCAGUAUGUCUUAUUUCCUAGUAACUUCUGGUAACAUGAUCCUGCCAAAGUCUCAGCUCUGUUUUGUGUGAUCAAUUGUAGACUGUAAUUUUGAACCGGAAUCUGUCCCUUGAAGAGGAGUCAGGCUCCCAGAACACUAGCAGUACCUUUUUGGUAUUAGUUUUACAUAAUAUCAAUAGUCUGCAUGCUCCAUUAUCCCAUAGGAUGACUAACUUCACUAUGGAGGUGGCGUGCUGGCUAUAAAAGGGAAGUUUACAAACUAAAUGAAUCUGUACUAUAAGGGAAAUCUAGAACUGCAGAGCACAGAUGUGUCCUAGAGCUGCCCUAUGAUCUUGCUUGUUUUGAGUUCACAUAAAUGUGACCUGACUCGCAUGAUUAUUUUGUAAUUCACCAAAGACUGACAAUUUCUGAACCCAUUUUAUUAAAAAUAUAUUUUAAAUAGAGGUAUACAGAGAAGAUUAAGAUGAGGAUAAUAUAUUUGAUUCUUGGGCCCAUGAAAGUAUCGAUUACCGUACAUUGUUCAUGGGGGGGGGGGGGGUUGUGUGUAGCUAUUCCAUGAAAUGAUUCCACUAUAUUAGAGUGCCAGUUUUAUUUUUACGUGUAAAUAUAAAAGAUAUAUAUAUAUAU